CGCUGUGUUGUACCUCAUUCGGUUUAUUUUUCGCGAAGGCGGAAUUUAGUGCCUGAAUACAUUUUUUCUAAUAAAUUAAAGCAAUGGAUCUGUUAAGUUUAAUAAUAAUUUCACUUAUUUUGUGCUCAAACGCUAAUGAGGCGGAAAUUGAAGAGGAAGCAACGAUGUCGUUCAAAAUCGAGCCAUUGCCCAACUCCUAUGCCCACCUCGGUGAAGGUCCUCACUGGGACGUCGAGUCGCAGAGUCUCUACUACGUCGAUAUCGAAGCUGGUAAAAUAUUGCGCUACGACUACCAGGAGAACAAAGUGUACGGCAGCAAAGUCGAGGGUAUAGAUCUAGCCGGUUUCAUCGUGCCCAUCGCGGGUCAGAGUGACAAGUUUGUUGUCGGUGCCGGACGCAGUGUGGUAGUUGUCUCAUGGGACGGCGUUUCCGAGACAAGCAAAGUAGAUCGCGUACUCUUUUCAGUGCAACCCGGUGACAAAUAUGUUAGGAACCGCUUCAACGAUGGCAAAGCCGAUCCACGUGGCCGCCUCUUUGCCGGCACUAUGAUUUAUGUGGGCGAUGAGUUCAAGGAGCGUUUCGGUGAAUUGUACAAAUAUGAAAAGGGUGGCAAAGUAUCGGUGGUGAAGACGGAUGUGGGCAUUUCCAAUGGCUUAGCUUGGAACGAGCAGACGAAGAAAAUGUACUAUAUUGACACGGCCGACUACGAGGUGAAGGAGUACGAUUACGACUUUGAUGCCGGUGUACCAAGUAACCCAAAAGUUGUUUUCAAUUUGCGUAAAUCGAACCCGAAGGACAACUUGCUGCCCGAUGGCUUGACCAUUGACAGCGAUGGAAAUCUCUAUGUGUGCACAUUCAACGGGCACACCAUUUACAAGAUCAACCCAAGCACCGGCAAAGUUCUUCUGGAAAUCAAGUUCCCCACCAAGCAAAUCACUUCAGCCGCCUGGGGUGGUCCCAAUCUCGAUAUUUUGUAUGUGACGACAUCGGCUAAAUUCGACCAACCUGCACCGGCUGGCACCACUUACAAGAUUACUGGCUUAGGCGCGAAGGGUCUGCCAAUGGCCAAGGUUACACUUUAAUUGUAUGAAAAUAUAUACUUACAUAUGUACAUACAUAAAGACUUGUAUGUAUGUGUGUGCUAGUGAGCUUGUCCAUACUGUUUAUAUUGCAUUAUACUGUUAUUCGCUCGUUAAAUAAUAAAUUUAAUCGAUUAUUACUUCUAAAAGA